AUGGCGCCACAACCGGUUCUUUGGAAAAAGCGAAUCCUCGUGCCGUUUUGGAUCGUGCGAGUACUUAUCAUGGUCUUGAUCAUAGCUGUAUAUGGUUGGACGCUGCGAGCGGUUGACGAGUACAAAGACAUGAUCAAGCCGGCCGUGGCAGCUGUUGUUGUCUUCAUACUAUUCAUCGUCAUCGUUCUCUUGAUAGAUAUCCUUGCCAUCGUUCUCUUCCUCCGCGAUGCGCUCAAGCCGGCAACUUUUCUGAUCAUGAAUUGCUUUCAAACAAGCUUUUGGGCGGCUGUUUUGAUCAUGGAUUUCGUAGCCGUGGGAAGAGGCGCAAGCGCCGUAGGAAUCGGCUUCAGCAUCUUCGUCUUUCUUUCCUUUCUCGGUCUCCUCAUAUACUCGAUCGUCGGCUACCAACGCGCGAAAAAAGCAGGCCAGCGAGGCCAGUAUGCACCAGCCCUUAAUCCCACACCGGCUGCUUAUCCGACCGAGCUCCACGACGCACCGCCAUACCAACAGAAUACCGCCUACGUUUCGCCUACAAGCGAAGCUGCAGAACUCGAGAACCAGUACCUACCACCGUACCACGCAGGUGCGGCUGGAGACUACUACCAGCAGCAACCUGUUAAACCGGCCCAUAUCGUAUAG